AGAGUUGACCAGGACGACGCGCGCGGGAGGGCCCGGAACCGGGGCGCUCCUCCGGAGGGAGCCCCGAGGCCGCUUCAGCCCGUAAACCCCGGCGGCCUGGGUGUAUUACACCCACUCUCCCGGGCGAAAUGCGGGCCGUCCCCACCUGGAUUGACAGGGUGCACGACAGGGAGAAGGUCGAACAGUGUAUUUAUGAUAUUGCAUUCAAGCCGGAUGGAACUCAGUUGAUAGUAGCAGCAGGAAACAGAGUCCUGGUAUACGAUACUUCUGAUGGCACUCUUAUUCAGCCACUCAAAGGACACAGGGAUACUGUAUACUGUGUUGCUUAUGCUAAAGAUGGUAAACGAUUUGCAUCGGGUUCCACUGACAAGAGUAUUAUAAUCUGGACUUCGAAGUUGGAAGGCAUCUUGAAAUACACACAUAAUGAUUCCAUUCAGUGCAUUGCAUACAACCCAGUCACACAUCAACUGGCUUCCUGUUCUUCCAGUGACUUUGGUUUGUGGUCGCCAGAGCAGAAAUCUGUCUCCAAGCACAAAGUCAACAGCAAAAUCACCUGCUGCAGUUGGACAAACGAUGGUCAGUACCUGGCCAUUAGCCUGUUUAGUGGUAUUGUCAGUAUUCGAAGUAAGAGUGGAGAAGAGAAAGUGAGAAUUGAGCGACCUGGUGCUGUCCCAAUCUGGUCAAUUUGCUGGAAUCCAUCCAAAGAUGAACACACCGACAUCUUAGCUGUGGCAGACUGGGGGCAGCGACUUUCCUUUUACCAAUUGAGUGGGAAACAGAUUGGAAAAGACAGGGCACUGAACUUUGACCCCUGUUGUGUCAGUUACUUCUCAAAAGGAGAGUAUAUUGUGAUGGGAGGCUCCGAUAAACAGGUUUCUUUGUACACAAAGGAUGGAGUUCGUCUCGGUAGCAUUGGGGAACAGCAAUCCUGGGUGUGGACCUGCAGAGUGAAGCCAGACUCCAAUUAUGUUGUUGUAGGUUGUCAAGAUGGUACAAUUGCCUUUUACCAAAUAAUUUUUAGCACGGUGCAUGGACUAUACAAGGACCGCUAUGCCUAUAGGGACAGCAUGACCGAUGUCAUUGUACAGCAUCUCAUCACAGAACAGAAAGUGCGGAUCAGAUGCCGGGAACUUGUGAAGAAGAUUGCUAUAUAUAAGAACCGACUAGCAAUCCAGCUGCCGGAAAAAAUCCUGAUCUAUGAGCUCUUUUCAGAAGAUAAUACUGACAUGCAUUACCGAGUAAAGGAAAAGAUUACCAAAAAAUUUGAAUGCAACCUUUUAGUUGUAUGCUCACAGCAUCUUAUCUUGUGCCUGGAAAAGAGAUUGCAGUGCUUGUCAUUUAGUGGUGUGAAGGAGAGAGAAUGGCUCAUGGAGUCACUUAUUCGCUAUAUUAAAGUCAUCGGAGGACCAUCAGGAAGAGAAGGCCUAUUAGUUGGUCUGAAGAAUGGUCAGAUUCUGAAAAUAUUUGUUGACAACCCAUUUGCCAUUGUGCUUCUUAAGCAAGCUACAUCUGUACGCUGUUUAGACAUGAGUACAUCACGCAACAAACUGGCUGUGGUGGAUGAACACAACACUUGUCUGGUAUAUGACAUAAGUACAAAAGAACUCCUUUUCCAGGAGCCGAAUGCCAACAGUGUGGCUUGGAACACCCAGUGUGAAGAUAUGCUUUGUUUUUCUGGUGGUGGUUUUCUCAACAUCAAAGCCAGUAAUUUUCCAGUGCAUCAGCAGAAGCUUCAGGGCUUUGUGGUGGGAUAUAAUGGCUCCAAAAUCUUCUGCUUACAUGUGUAUGCCAUGUCAGCAGUUGAAGUCCCACAGUCUGCACCCAUGUACCAGUACUUGGAGAAGAAAAUGUAUAAGGAAGCCUAUCAAAUUGCCUGCUUGGGUGUAACAGAGAAUGAUUGGAGAGACCUAGCAAUAGAGGCUUUGGAAGGGAUGGACUUCGACACUGCUAAAAAGGCAUUUAUCAGAGUGCGGGAUCUCCGCUAUCUGGAGCUUAUUAGCAGCAUUGAGGAGCGUAAAAAGCAUGGUGAAAAUGACAACGAGUUGUUUCUCGCAGAUGUACAUGCCUACCAAGCCAAGUUCCAUGAGGCAGCUAAGCUGUACAAGAAGACUGGAAAUAACAGUCGUGCCUUAAAUAUGUAUACUGACUUAUGCAUGUUUGAUUAUGCCAAGGAUUUCCUUGGCUCAGGUGAUCCCAAGGACACAAAGAUGUUGAUUACUAAACAAGCAGACUGGGCCAGGAACAUCAAUGAACCAAAAGCAGCUGCAGAAAUGUACCUGUCUGCAGGAGAGCAUCUAAAAGCAAUUGAGAUCAUUGGGGACCAUGGUUGGGUUGAUAUGUUAAUUGAUGUAGCUCGUAAAUUAGACAAGGCUGAGCGGGAACCCCUAUCAAGGUGUGCCUAUUUUUUAAAGAAGCUGCAGCAUCCCGGAUAUGCCGCAGAGACAUACAUGAAAAUGGGAGACCUUGAGGCCCAGGUCUUGCUGCAUGUAGAGACCAGGCACUGGGAGGAGGCCUUUGCUUUGGUGGCUCGGCACCCAGAGUUCAAAGACACUGUAUAUGUGCCAUAUGCACAGUGGCUGGCGGAAAAUGAUCAAUUUGAAGAAGCCCAAAAAGCGUUUCACAAGGCUGGCCGGCAAGAUGAGGCAGUCAAGGUUCUGGAACAACUGACUCACAACGCAGUUCUGGAAAGCCGUUUCAAUGAUGCUGCCUAUUAUUAUUGGAUGUUGUCAAUGCAGUGUCUGGACAUAGCUCGAGAGAAUACAGAGAAGCAACAGGAGAUGCUUAAAAUGUUUCACCAUUUCCAACACCUGGCGGAACUCUACCAUGCAUACCACUCAAUCCAGAGAUAUACGGAUGAACCUUUUAGUUCCCAUUUACCUGAAGCACUUUUUAACAUCUCCAGAUUUUUACUUCAUAAUCUUACCAAAGAAACCCCUUUAGGCAUCUCCAAAGUUAAUACUUUAUAUGCUCUAGCCAAACAAAGUAAGGCGCUGGGAGCAUACAAACUGGCCCGGCAUGCCUAUGACAAACUACAGGGUCUUCGCAUUCCUGCCAGGUUCCAGAAGUCCAUUGGGCUAGGUAGCCUGACGAUUCGAUCUAAGCCAUUCCAUGACAGUGAGGACUUUGUACCUAUGUGCUACAGGUGUUCAACCAAUAAUCCACUGCUCAAUAACCAGGGAAAUGUAUGCAUUAACUGUCGACAGCCAUUUGUAUUCUCUGCUUCCUCUUAUGAGGUGCUGCCACUUGUUCAGUUCUAUUUGGAAGAAGGGAUCACAGAUGAAGAAGCAGUGGCCCUGAUUGAUCGAGAAGUGCCCAGCACAGAACUGAAAAAGGACGGCUGGCAGGAAAAGAAUAUUGGAGAUGCACAGACUCUACAGCUUGAUGACAGUGUGACAAAGAUUGAGACGGACCCAUUCACUGCAAAAUUGAGCUUUGAGCAAGGAGGCUCAGAUUUUGUUCCUGUGGUUGUGAAUAGAGAGGUUCUGCAAUCAAUGAGUAGGAGGGAUGUUCUGAUUAAACGCUGGCCAAAGCCAUUAAGGUGGCACUACUUUCGAUCACUGUUACCCGAUGUCUCCAUUACAAUGUGCCCUACAUGUUUCCAGAUGUUUCACAGUGAAGACUAUGAGCUGCUUGUUCUCCAGCACAACUGCUGUCCAUACUGUCGCCGGCCAAUAGAUGAACCCAGUGUCUGAUCACCACAGCGUGAUGAAAGACUAGAAAGGAAAAUGCCAUUCCUGGGAUAGAGGAAUCUCAACCUGAAGAACUUUACAGCUGCUAUUAAUGUUAAUGGCAUCAUCUGUUGUACCUUGAUCUGCUUCACACUGACCUUCCAGACCAGGUUGGUUGUAUUGUGGAGGCAGAGAGACCAACUCUAUCAUUUAGAAUACUGAACGUAGAAGUAUCUCAAAGAUUCACUCCCUUAACAUGCAGUGUUAGCAUUCAGUUAUUGAUUGAACAGAAAAUGAAACGAUUGAGGACUGUAUGUGAUGUGAGAACUGUGUAUGUUAACUAAAAUAACCUCAUGGGUGACACCUUUAUGAUGUGACCAGUUCUUUAAAUACAAUCCCUCUGUGGUAUAUGGUGUAUGAGUAGUGCUGGUUCAUUCACUACCAGCAAUAGGUUGAUUAGACUUAGUAUUAACAGUUUGCUCCCAUUCCCAAUUCCAGCUGCCUCCCCUGAGUAUAUGGUUUUCCAGGAGAUAUAUUGGAAGAUCUUGUUGAACUAUAACUGCAUACAUUAGCUGCAGCAGAGUGUGCGAUUGGUACCUAUUUUCAAGCUAACUAAAUGAAUAUGCACCACUGAUACGGAGCUUUGACUGUUGGGACCAAUAUUCCUCCCACUGAUUUGAAGUAUAUUACAGAACCAGAAUAGAUUUACAGCAGUCUCCCACCUCCCACAGCAUGUAUUUCCUUUCUGUUUGCUAAUUUAAAAAACAUGCCAAAAUCAGCUGAAGUAAUCUACAGUGCACAAGUGGUGUUUGUCUAGUUUGUUCCUUUCUCCUCCUCCCUGCUCCUAAAAGAUUAAGUGCUGUGCUUCAAACAAGGGAUGAUACCAAAUUGUAAGAGCUGCAAGUAUUUCUUCCUCUCUGAAUGAGGGGAAGCCAGACAAGAUGGGGGAGAGAAUGAAAUAUCUGCUUACCAUGAUGUGGUUGAGGAAGGAUGGGAGGACGCCGGAGUGGAGAACAUAAAGACCAGCAUGAAUGGUCUGUUUCUGUGUCAUUUUAUCCAAGGCAAGCCUAUAUCAAAAUCUAUGAAAUAGUUGCUUUGGGUUUGUAUGAUUACCUCCAUGCUACCUUGGUCCAAUUUAAAUCCAGUUACCUCAAAGUAAAAUUACUACAUUCCAUGUGAACCAAAAUGCGAUCACACCCACCCAAUUUAAAACCUGCCUGCUAUAUAUAAGAAGAAUUACCGAACUAUUUUCAAAAAAUGAGCUCACAAACAAAACCCUAUCUUUACACCAAUUGAGAAGCCUCUUGACAGAAAUAUGUGUAGAGUGAAGAUGGAAUUUGUAUUCUCGGUAAAUUUAAUUGGCAUGUUUGGAGCUUGUUUAUUAAAAGAUGUCUGGAAUGGUUUGGUUUGCCAUUUCACAUAAAUAUACAUAUAAAAUAGCACAACACAAGAACAGGCCCUAACAUAAUCUUCUCAUUUAUGGGCAGUGCUUGAUGGUUUUACAGUCUGUGUUGAGGGCAGCUUUGUGAUGAUAUCGUAGUUGUACCUAACCAUUACAGGAGUCCAUCUGGCAGAUGAUAUUCUGUAGUGUUUCUGAGGUUUGGGUCAGAUCCAGUUCAGACUGUUGAGGUAACAGUCUCUUCUCAGUGCAUGAAAUGAGCUUUGGACAAUCACAACGUACUUCCCAGAGAAUGCAAGUUUACAGCAACCUCUACUGUUUAAUUAUGGGUCAAUUUUUUGUUUGCAUACUUCUCACACAGAGUAUCAUCUACUGGGAUAGCACAGCAAGAGGUCAAACAACAUAAACACAAAACUCACAGAACUCACCCUGAUACUUCCUGCUGACCUGAACUUUGCACUAAGAAUACUACCAAGUGAAAUCUUAUUUUUAAUUGGUCAGUCCGAUUCUGAUUGGAUUUUGGUGAACAUUAAAGGUCUCCAGAUUGAUGCAGUGGGAGAUUUGGCAUAGGACAUACUGACUGAAUAGUGUAUAAGGAACUUGAUUCAGGGAUUGUCGUUUUCCAGACUGUCGUGGGAGUGUUUGAUAGGGACAUUGUAGAGAGAACUUUACUCUGUACCUAGCCCCAUGCUGUCCCUAUCCUGGGAGUGUUUGGGAUGUGGACAGUGUCGGGGAGGUUUACUUUAAGUUUAAAAGUGUAGAAGGACCUUUACUCAGAAUCUAACCCUGUGCUGUAGAGUGUUUAAUGGAGGCAGUGUUUCUUUAGUUUCAGUUUCAAAAGAGUAGAGCAAGUUUUGCUCUAUAUCUAACCCCACUCUGCAGCUGUCCUGAGUGUUUGAUGGAGGACAGUGUCGAUAAUGCAUCUAAAAUGUUUUAUCCCUAAUCUAUGGAGUGGUGGUUUUGUUACAGACUGCAAUUAUUUUUCAACAGCAACACCACCUGACCUCGUUUACUUAAGUGUUUGCCUCUGGCCCUUCCCCUUACUAAAGUGUUGAGCAUUACAUCCACAAUAUUAAGAAGGAUUAUGAGAAUUAUUUUUUUGACCUUGUAUGCAAGGAGACCUAGAAGUUGAGAGGAUGUCAGCCCAGUAAUAUAGUAAUGAUCUCCGUUUGCUUUAUAAGAUGACAGUCAGGUUUUGCUUGGACCCACUUGAAGAAGAUUGCUUUUGGCAUAAGUAUGUGCAAGUGUAAAUACGUGACGCUAAAAGUUUAAGUUUUAUUGUUGCUCUUGUGAUUUCCUUUUACCAGAGUUGGUUGAUUUAAACUAGAAUCGAAAAUUAGCAUCUGCAGACUUCACCUUGAUACAUUGUCCAGAAAUGUUUUGUAUUCUCCACAGUGAUAAAGCUCUGUGUGUAGUCGCUUAAAACUUCACCAUGUUUGUUCCCUAAAACACAUAAUGUGUUCCAAUGUACUCAGCCAAGCAGGACUGUUCAGGUAAAGCCUGUAGUUUGGCUCUUAGAUCUUUUGUCUAAAGUUUAAAAGUAGUGCCCAAAAAUCUGAGGGAAGGAGAACAGCACUAGAGAAGAAAUUGUCUUUGGGUGUGAAACAGCAACUAUCUGGGUGAUCUCAUAGCAAGCUGUGAGCCAAGUAGAGUGAGAAUGCUAGCAAGACAGUUACAGGGUGCAGUAAGCUAUCAAGCAUGCACUGGGCCUACAAACCAGAGGGACACUGCUGAGGUGCAACUGUGUAAUGGCACUGGCUCUCCCUGGAGGUAUGUAGUUCAAAGAGCAUUCAUUUCAUUGCCCAAUAAACUGAUUUAAGUCUCAACUUCUGAACGUAAAUGGCAUCAUGUGAAAGGUACUGGGGCAAUAUAAUUCUUUGAUGGAAGGAGUUUGUUGGAAUGUUACCAGAAAUGAACUCCCUUUUCCUGUGUUUAUUGUUACAAAAUUAGAAAAUGUCACUGAACUAUUUAAGUUCACUAUGAAUAGAUACCAAAAGCCUACUCCCUGUUUUUUGUGUCUUUGAAUUCAUGUGUGCAUUACUAAAAAUGUUUUUACCAUAUGGUUUCCUUGGAAAUAUUUCUGUGUGUGGGAAGUUCAAAUACAAUCAUUUUUAUUCAUAA